UUUCUGGGUUUUGUGCCUCUUAGUGGGUUUUGGGUCUGUUUGGGUUUUUUUUUAAGAUUUUUGCUGCCCCUGUUCCUCUUCCCCUGCCCCAUUCCUGAAUUUUUUGACCCCCCCAAAUCCCAAAUUUCCACACAGGUGUCUCAGAACCUGCCGGGGAAGGAGGGGAGCACCGAGGUGCCGCUGCUCAGGGUGGGCUGGUCCGUGGACUUCUCCCACUCCCAGCUGGGGGAGGAUGAGUUUUCCUACGGCUUUGACGGGCGGGGGCUGAAGGUGGAAAACGGGAAGUUCGAGGAGUUUGGGGAGAGCUUCGGGGAGAACGACGUCAUCGGCUGCUUCGCGGACUUCGAGGGCGCCGAGCUGGUGGAGCUCUCCUUCUCCAAGAACGGGCAGGAGCUCGGCGCCGCCUUCCGCGUGCCCAAGGAUACUCUGGGAAUUUUGGCUUUGAUCCCUCUGGUUUUAAUGGGAAUGCCAGCAGUGGUUCCCUGGAAAUGCUGUGCCCUGUUUCCCUGGGAAACUGGGAAUUCUGCUGUUUGUCCCUCUGGAUUUACUGGGAAUCCCAGUCCUGCUCCCCUGGGAAUCCUGAUGUGGGUUCCUUGGGAAUUUGGGUGUCCCAUGCUGGGAUUCCCUCCCCUCCCCUCGCAGGUGCUGCUCAUGGUGGGGCUCCCGGGCUCCGGGAAGACGCAGUGGGCACAGAAACAUUCCCAGGAAAACCGGGACAAGCGCUACAACAUCCUGGGGACGGAGCGGGUCCUGCACCAGCUCAGGACGCGGGGGCCGGAGCCCGAGGAGCUGGACGCCAAGAGCCGGGAGCUGCUGACUCAGCAGGCGGCGCAGUGCCUUAGCAAGCUGGUGCAGAUCGCCCCCCGCGCCCGCCGCAACUUCAUCCUCGACCAGUGCAACGUGUACAACUCGGGGCAGCGCCGGAAGCUCUCGGCCUUCAAGGGCUUCUCCAGGAAGGUGGUGGUGAUCGUGCCCAGCGAGCCGGACUGGCAGCAGCGCCUGGAGCUGCGGCGCCAGGCCGAGGGCGACGACGUGCCCGAGUCCGUCAUGCUGGAGAUGAAAGCCAACUACUCCCUGCCCGAGAAGAGCGAGUACGUGGACGAGGUUCUGUUCGGGGAGCUGGGCCGGGACGAGGCGGCCGCUGGUGCUGCGCUGGAAGGAGGAGGCGCGGAAGCUGCUGCCGCCCUCGGAGGUAAAAACGGGGGAAAAUGGGUAAAAACUGGGGAAAACGGGAUAAAAUGUGGGAAAAUGGGAUCUGGGAACCGGCAGAACAAAUGGAACCAGCGGAACCACAACCGCGGCCAGGGCUACGGGUUCUGCCCCCAGGGCUACCGGAACUUCUACGAGCGCUACCGGGGCUACGACGAUCGGUUCUACGGCCGCGACUACGACUACAACAGAUACCGCGACUACUACCGGCAGUACAACCGCGAGGGAGACUACAACGGAUACCGCGACUACUACCAGCAGUACAACCGCGAGGUACGGCCUGAAACGGGACUGCACCGGGCUUGAACUGGGCUUGAACUGGGCUUGAACUGGGAGUUACUCUGGGGUUAAACUGGGCUUAAACUGGGAGUUACUCUGGGGUUAAACUGGGGUUAAAUCGCUGUUAAAGUCGGAGUUACACCGGGGUUAAACUGGGGUUAAACUGGGAUUUACACCGGGGUUACUCCUGGUUGU